CACCAGCAGCAACAGUCCAGCCCCGCCGCGCAGCUCGUAGCUCCCCUCCGACUCUAGCAAGCCAAGCCAAGCCAAGCCAAGCCAAGCAAGGCCAAGAUGCAGCACGACGAAGUGAUCUGGGGCGUCAUCUCGAAGCAGUUCUGCUCCUUCAAGAGCAAGCUGCCGGGCACGGGCAACAUGUUCUGCAGCAACCCGUACAACGUGACGGGCCUGUGCAACCGCACGGCGUGCCCGCUGGCCAACUCGCGCUACGCCACGAUCCGCGAGGAGGACGGCGUGUGCUACCUGUACAUGAAGACGAUCGAGCGCGCGCACACGCCCAACCGGCUCUGGGAGCGCGUCAAGCUGAGCAAGAACUACACCAAGUCGCUGGCGCAGAUCGACGAGCAGCUGCAGUUCUGGCCCAAGAAGCUCAUCCACAAGAACAAGCAGCGGCUCACCAAGAUCCACCAGUACCUCAUGCGCAUGCGCAAGCUCACACUCAAGACCAAGCCCAAGCUCGUGGUCAUCAACAAGAAGAUCGAGCGCCGCGAGAAGCGCCGCGAGAAGAAGGCCAUGGUGGCCGCCAAGCUCGACAACUCGAUCGAGAAGGAGCUGCUCGAGCGCCUGCAGAAGGGCACGUACGGCGAUAUUUAUAAUUUCCCCGAGCGCGAGUUCUCCAAGGUGCUCGAGAGCCAGGGCAAGCGCCAGACCAUGGAGGAGGAGAGCGAGGACGAGGAGGAGUCCGACAGCGACGACGAGCCCAAGUCCAAGAAGCGCAAGGCCGCGCCGCCCAGCUCCAAGAAGAGCAAGAAGCAGAAGAAGCCCAAGGGCCCGUACGUCGAGAUCGAGUACGAACAGGAGCAGGAGGCGGCCGGAGGCGAACUCAACUGGUAG